AUGCGGCGGCGGGCAAGGUGGGAGCAGCGGGAGCGAGGGGCGGGCGGGUACCCGCUUCAUCCCUCCUUUCCUCCUUGUCCUUUCCUCCUGCUCGGGGUGGCGCGGGGGGGUCUGCGUGUGGGGCAGCGCCCUGUCCCUGGUCUGACGGCGCUGCUGCGCCCCCGGCAGGGCCGGGGGCGGUACGGCGGCGGGGGCCUGGCGGAGCGUCUGGGCGAGUUCGACGGUCGGUGGCUGGCCGAGUUCCAUCGCCCCGCGCGGCCGGCGCUCCGCUUCCUUACUUACGGCGACCACCUGGAGUGCGGCAUGAAGCGGCGGAGCAGCGCCAGCGUCAGCGACGGCAGCGGCCUCAGCGACUCCGAGAGUGCAGAUUCACUCUACAGAAAUAGUUUCAGCCUCAGUGAUGAAAAGCUCAACUCUCCAACUGCAUCUACUCCAAGCUUGCCAUCUCCAUCUGUAACUCCAUGUAAAGCAAAGCUUGGAGACACAAAAGAACUGGAGGACUUCAUUGCUGAUCUUGACAGAACACUAGCAAGUAUGUGAAAUUAAUUUUUGGCACUGUGCUUGCCUGUGGGUGUCCUCUGAAGGAUAAGUGACAUCGGUCCCUGAGAACUGCUGCCCUUGUCUGGUAACUUUGCUCCCCAAGAUACUCACCUUCUGCACAUAACCUUUGUAAACUCCUACAAGUAUUUAAUUGUGGCGAUACCAGUUUUUUUAUGUUGCAGCAGAUGGAAUAAGAUAACUUAAAUAUUACAGCUCUAUUUUGCUUUAAAAUAUAGUUUAAAUUGUAAUUUAAAGUUGCUUUUAUGCAAAUAUAUUUGUAAUUUUAUAUAGUUGAGAACUUUAAUGCUUUUUUCCAUUGUAAUAUAUUUUUAUAUCCAAAUAAAUUCUGAACUGGAA